AAGUAGGUUGGACUAAUUUGAAGGCAAAUGUACUCCCAUAUGCUUAAAUUGUAAUUGGGGCCUGGACUGGUCUGAACCUGUGUCAGGUUAUAAGGCAGAUUGAAUAGGCCUGACCCAGAAUGUUAUAAGGCUGGCUGAACUAGUAUCCUUGAUUCAAGUAGUUUAUGGACGAUUAGCCUCACGUUCGAAUUACUAGAAAGCCUUUUAAACUGAAGCAUCGAAAUCACCAGCGGUUCAGUUGGGUCGGGUCGUCUUCGUUGGAGACGGACGGUUAGUCGGACCUCUUGAUCGGCGAAUUUUCGUCAGAUUUGUUCGUUGGUGUUGCCGGACUCGAUUUCCAUGGCGUUCAUCGUUGCUUGGAGCCGUCAAUGGCCGUUGUAUUUUGGGAACUGAACGAACAUCUUCAUCUUCUUUGAACACAAAAAGAGGUUUGUAUGUUUAAACAACAGAAGCUGAAGCUUCGUUUCCAUGGCUCAGAUUCCCAAUUUAGACAAUGCACCUCUCAAUCUCACAUUCCUAAGGGAACAGUCUCAGAAGGAGCUCAUAAACAUCCUUAAGAAUAUUCGAGGAAAGAAGUGUUUGGUUAUCGAUCAAAAGCUUAGUGGCUCUCUCUCAGUGAUUAUCCAGACUUCACUUCUUAAGGAGCAUGGGGUUGAACUGCGACAUCUUUCAGCUGAACCUAUUCAAACCGAUGCUGCCAAAGUGGUUUACCUUGUCAGGUCUCAGCUUAAUUUGAUGAAAUUCAUUAGUUCCCAUGUUAACAAUGAUAUAUCCAGAGGUCUUCAGCGGGAAUAUUAUGUCUAUUUUGUUCCCCGCCGAGCAGUUAGUUGUGAGAAGAUCCUUGAGGAGGAAAAGGUCCACCACUUGUUGACCAUAGGGGAGUACCCAUUGUACAUAGUUCCAUUGGAUGAGGAUGUUUUAUCUUUCGAACUUGAUCUUGCUUACAAAGAAUACCAAGUUGAUGGUGAUACAAGCUCUCUUUGGCAUAUUGCAAAGGCCAUUCACAAGCUUGAGUUUUCUUUUGGGUUAAUACCCAAUGUGAGGGCCAAAGGGAAAGCAUCAGUUUGUGUUGCUGAAAUUUUGAACCGUCUGCAAGCAGAGGAACCUGUUAACUCACCUGAUAUGGUUGUGCCAGAGAUAAACACACUUAUCCUUAUAGAUAGGGAGGUGGACAUGGUCACUCCUAUGUGUUCUCAACUAACAUACGAGGGGCUUCUCGAUGAGUUUCUAGGCAUUAAUAAUGGGUCUGUGGAGCUUGAUGCAUCUAUCAUGGGUCUCCAACAAGAGGGAAAGAAAGUCAAAGUUCCGCUUAAUUCAAGUGACAAGCUGUUUAAGGAGAUACGGGAUCUCAACUUUGAAGUUGUUGUCCAGAUUCUACGUCAGAAAGCAACAUCCAUGAAGCAGGAUUAUACAGAGAUGACCACCACUACCCAGACAGUUUCUGAAUUGAAGGACUUUGUCAAAAAGCUGAAUUCGUUGCCAGAAAUGACUAGGCACAUAAAUCUUGCUCAGUAUUUAUCAACUUUUACAUCGAAGCCAUCAUUUCUUGCGCAACUUGACAUGGAACACACUAUGGUUGAGGCGCAGAGUUAUGACAUAUGCUUUGAGUACAUUGAAGAAAUGAUCCAUAAGCAGGAACCACUGAUAAAUGUUCUACGACUUCUCAUCUUAUUUUCUAUAACAAAUUCAGGGUUACCUAAAAAGAAUUUUGACUAUUUGAGGAGAGAACUACUCCACAGUUAUGGAUUUGAGCACGUGGGUACUUUGAAUAACUUAGAAAAAGCUGGAUUGCUGAAAAAACAGGAGUCCAAAAGCAACUGGCCGACAGUCAAACGUGCUCUGCAACUUGUUGUUGAGGACACUGACACAGCCAACCCCAAUGAUAUUUCCUAUGUCUUUUCUGGAUAUGCACCUCUUAGUAUUCGCCUUGUCCAGCAUGCUGUUCGAUCUGGAUGGCGUCCAAUAGAAGAAAUUUUGAAGCUGUUGCCUGGACCUCAUUCAGAUAAAAAGCGAGGAAGAUUUUCAAGUAGCCCAUCAUUGGACACUUUACAGGGUGCUUCAGCCAGUAUGGACAAGGUAGCUGAUGGAAGGCGCUCCCUGGUUCUUGUUGUCUUUGUUGGAGGUGUAACAUUUGCUGAGAUUGCUGCUCUUCGAUACCUGUGUUCUCAGGAAGCAAUGGCGUACGAUUUGAUUAUUGGGACAACAAAUAUCGUCAGCGGCCAUUCCUUGACUGAAUCAUUUGUAGAGAAGUUGGGUUGACUUUUAACUUCUCGUAUAUUUAUUUAUUUUGACUUUCACACAUUUAUAUUUUUUUAAUUUAUUUUUUCUUCUUUUUCUUAGUGUCAAAGAUUAAUAUUUGUAUUUUGUUGUCAAGUUGGUAUAAAUUGUGUUUAAAAGAUGAUUUUUAUUUGAAUUA